AUGAGCCCUGUGUCCACGACACGUAAAUCACCAAGUCUCGCUGGUUCUGACAGCGAGCACGGGCAGAGCCCAAAUUCGUCUCCCGCAUGCGGUGCGAUGUCGGACAGUGCGUCCGCGGCACUGGUGGAUGUACAUCCUGGACUCGAUGAGCACAAGCGUCGUGCUUUGCGCAAGCUAUCAAUGACGAGUGACCUCGUUGAGGAUGAGGAGGUGAUUGACUACGAGUCUGACACUUCUUUUCCUGCAUGGGAUGACAAGGAAGGCAAGCUGCGCCAGCGGCGUGGUACGAGCCCUGCUCGUGCCUUGCAGACCCCAUGUCCGUUUCCUGACUUCUCGUCAGCCGAGGAACGUGGUGUAAUCACCAAUGACCUCGACGGGGAUCAGAGGCGACAGCUUGUAGCUGCCCAUAGGACGGCUCAAGAGCGCGCCCAUUCACGGCCGGUCAUUGACCCUCGUGUGAAAUAUGGCUUCCGCCCAGUGGAAGCGAAGGACCCGGUAACUUGA